GAUAAUGCCCGGCUCCACAACAAAUUAUUCACCUGCGGGCAUGCAGGAAAAUACCAAUCUAAAUUCCCCCUGCAUCAAUCAUGGCGAAAUCUAGGCCCCAGUCAAAACAUUCCCGCGCUGCGAGGCGGGCAGCUUCCCCCAGUCUCGAUGUCGACAAGUCAAUCACAUCUCUUCCGCGGGCCGAAGAAACUACAGUACAGCGGGAUUCGAUCCUAUCGGAACGCGCUAAUGCAGGCGUUUCGAAGAAAUCGUCAAAGGGCAAAGCUAAAACUAGAGCGCAGCGCUUGAGACAACAAAAGGGUGUUGAAAGGGCAGAGGCCGUGAUGGACCAGCUGGAGAAGAAGGUCGUUAAAAGUGAGGGCCGCGCCAAAUCUGUCAAGGCUCGUAGGGCUGAAUGGGAGGAUCUGAACCGUAAAACGAAGUCAAUGUUCGAAGCCCUCAACGAGGCUGACGAUAACAUGGACGAUGCCAUGAUGGACGAUGCUGCGGCUUCUAAGCCAGCGAAACGUUCGAAGCCGGCCCCUGUCACUCAGGCUCCCGUUGUGGAGGAACACGAAGGCAUUGACGUGGACGAUGAUAUCACCUGA